AUGGGGGAAGUUAUUCUGUUUAUCCUACUUGCAAGUGUAGGAUUGGGUCAUUGUUUUGAAGAUAAUACCUCAGUAAACGUUGCAACACGGGGAAGAGCGACUCAGUCCUCCACUUUUGAAGUGGAGGGAUCUGCAAAACACGCCAUUGAUGGGAAUAGGAAUUCAGACUAUCAUAAGAAUUCCUGCACAAAAACAGAUGGGAGAACCAACUCCUGGUGGAGGGUGGACCUGCUGGACACCUAUGAAGUUUCCUCUGUCACCAUCACUAACAGGAAUCAGCUUCCUGAGAGGAUAAACAGGGCUGAGAUCCGUAUAGGGAACUCUUUAGAGAACGAUGGCAACAGUAACCCCAGGUGUGCUGUGAUCUCUUCCAUACCAGCAGGAGGCUCUACCACGUUCCAAUGUCAGGGAAUGCAGGGGCGCUAUGUAAACGUUUUUCUCCCAGGAUACAAACAGUACCUGACUCUGUGUGAGGUGGAGGUGUAUGCUAUUCCACUACAUUCAGUUGGACCAUCUCAAACUCCUGAACUUGAUCUUGCUGUUCCAGUGACAGAAAACGUGGCCUUGGGAAAGACAGCUGUGCUGUCCUCUGAGUACAACUCCAAUAGGAGAGCCAGUAAGGCUGUCGAUGGUGAACACAACUAUAACAACGGAUACAGUCGCUCCAAGACUCAGACCAACCCAUGGUGGAGGGUGGACUUGCUACAGGCUUACAACAUCAGCUCCAUAACUAUUGUGAACAUUGAAGAUGAUAAUCCAGAGAUGAUUGACGGAGCUGAGAUCCGGAUCGGAAACUCCCUGGAGAACAACGGCAACAGCAAUCCGUUAUGUGCUGUGAUAUCUUCAUAUCCGGCUUGGAGGGUCAGGAUCUUUCAGUGCAGAAGGAUGGAGGGACGCUAUGUGAACAUUUUCUUGCCGGGCUGUGACAAGCACUUGGCACUGUGUGAGGUGGAGGUGAAUGUGGGUGGGGAUAAAGAAAAUGAUAAGCGUGUAUUAACUUCAUCCACGGCCGAUUCUGAAACAAGGGCACAGGUUCUUCAGAGACGACAAGAUGACAUUGUCUGUCCUAACUACAAGAACAAAAAUAAGACUAUACAGGAAAAUGCAUCUACUGGGGGAAUUGCAGCUCAAUCAUCACAAUGGAAUAAAGACGGAUCUGCAAGCAACGCCAUUGACCAAGAUCGGAAGAACAUGUAUACAAGUGGAUCCUGCAGCCACACCAAAGCAGAGAUCGACCCCUGGUGGCAAGUUGACUUAAAGAAAACCUACAAUGUCACCUUUGUCACCGUCACCAACAGAGGGGACUGCUGUUCAGAGAGGAUCAGCGGUGCAGAGAUCCAUGUUGGACACUCCCUAAUUAACAACGGCAACAGCAACCCAAUAUGUGCUGUAAUACCCUACAUCCCUCUUGGCCAAACCAGAACAUUUCCAUGUGGAGGAAUGGAAGGGCAAUAUGUCAAUAUUCUCCUUCCAGGCCGUGAGAAGUACCUGACUUUGUGUGAGGUGGAGGUGCAUGCAAGAAACUUUAUAAGAGAGUAUCCCCCUCCCGCCCUAACACCACCUAACAACCCAUACCUGGCCUGGCUGUGGGAACCAUUACGCCAGCUGAGGCACCCUUUAAUUCUUAAAGGGAAUGUGGCAUUCAUGGGAAGGGCUGUCCAGUCCUCUCGAUUUACCCAGUUGACAAGUGCAGAAAAUGCCAUCGAUGGGCGCCUGGAUACUGAUUACCUCUCUGGCUCCUGCACUCAAACUCGCCUCCAGAGUGACCCUUGGUGGAGGGUGGACCUCAUGGCCAUCCAUAAAGUCAGUUAUAUUACCAUCACCAAUAGGGAGGAUUGCUGCAUCUGGAGGCUAGAUGGUGCUCAAAUCCUUGUUGGAAACUCUUUGCAGAACAAUGGCAACAACAAUCCUAUGUGUGUUGCAAUCAGCUCCAUACCAGCUGGGGACUCUGUCACCUUCCAAUGUAAUGGGAUGGAGGGGCGCUAUGUCAACAUCAUCCGUCCUGGGUGCUUCAAGAUAUUGACUGUGUGUGAGGUGGAGGUGUAUGGUGAAUCUUUAAAAGAGGCAUUGACAGAUACUCAGCAAGAGAAUAGUGAGAGUCAGAUGAUAAAUCAUGAGUGCAUGCAGGCAUGCGAAACACAAUGUCCUGUUGAAAACAUUCCUCAGAAUCUGGCUUCAGCUGGAUCAGCCACUCAGUCAUCUGAGUAUGACAACCUGGGAGGUGCCAGCAACGCCAUAGACAGGAAGCGUGAUCCGCGGUACCACUCUGGCUCCUGUAGCCACACGAAGGCAGAGACCAACCCCUGGUGGAGACUGGAUUUGUUGGAUAUUUAUAAUGUCAGCGCCAUUAGCAUUACCAACAGAGGGGACUGCUGUCAUACAAGGAUCACUGGAGCCGAGAUCCGCAUAGGAAAUCACUUGGAUGGAGUGAAGAGCCUAUUGUGUGCUGUGAUUCCUGAGAUGAAAGAGGGAGAGGUGAGGGAGUUUGCAUGUGGGGAGAUGGAGGGACGCUACGUCACUGUUGUCCUCCCAGGGAAGGACAAGUAUCUCAGUCUGUGUGAGGUGGAGGUCCAAGGUGGCCCAAGGAAAGAAUAACACCUCAACAACCACAUUCCCAUGAAACCCAACAGGAGUCCAACAAUAUAAUAAUAUCUUUAAGCGGACCUCUGCCUUU